AUGGAAAAAAUAACUGCAUGUUCAGGCAAUAUAUUUUAUCUCAAUGAUGUUGGAAAAGCAAUUGCCAAGGACUAUGCAAACCCUCUCACGCAUUUUGCGAUGCAGGAUUACCCUGAAGACAGGGGCAAGGGAAUGUUGCAGGUGUUCAAUGGAGAGAAAAUGCUGUUUGAACUCCCUUCGCCCCCUGCAGUUAAAGUCGAUGGAGAGAUCUACUUUGUGAAUGAGCUCCUGCAGGAUGCAUUGGGAGAUUACUUUAUACCUAAGUGCUUCUUUCUUGCAUCAUACAUGUCGACAAAUGAUAGUGUGGUGUGGGGAAUACCCCCAUUGUAG